CUCAGUUGUGUCCCGAAAGAACGUGGGUGUCGAUCGUAUGCCUGUCCCCUGGUGAGAACAAUCGCGUAUGUUUGCUUAUAUUGUGUGUACACUGUGGUUCGCCGAAUAGACGUGGUAAAGUGAGUGAAAGAGACGAACGAAAAACGGGCGGGAAAAUCGUUUGUCGUUAAUCGGGGUGCUGAGCGUCGUAGAUCAGUCGCACUUCAGUAGUAGCAUUGGCUAGGGUGUACCGUGUAGAGCAGGUUUCGUGUAUCAAGUGUAAAGCAGUAACAGUAGCAGUUCGCAUCGACAGUGUCCAUCUGAAAAUCUUCCUGCCGCGUGGAAAGCAGACAAACGCAUCUUUUCCGGGAAGGUCAAGUUUGCAAGACAUUUUGACCCCCUUAGCACAGACAGACAGCUCGUAGUGAAGCGUUCAAUCACCUGCGCGCACGAUGGAGUACGAUCGUCAGCAGUUUGAGCGACCGGCAUUUUGGAGACUGCCCAAGCAGAAAACGUUCGAGCUGCCGUACGGAAGGAAGCGGGUCCAUUUCAGCGAGCAGGUACAGGACCACAGCCCUGCCCAGCCGGAGCUGCUCCGCGGUGAUGUGAUUACCAAAAUCGACCAGUACGACGCGCGCGACCUUAUGCACAUCGAUGCGCAGAACCUGUUCCGUAACGCCGGCAACCAGAUCAAGGUGACGGUGCGCCGCGACGACAAGGUGGCCCUGCACCAGAGUGCCCAUCCGAUCAAUGGCAAUCCGGUCGCACCGCUGUCGCCGGCCAACUUUGCCCAGCCCUACCAGCCGUACGCUGAGCCGGGACAGCCGGCCAAGCCGCAGCUACAUCAGAAUUUCCCACCACCGGAUCCCACACAGCUGUUGCCGAGCACGGCAACCUCGCUGCCACAUGGACCGCAGUCGUAUGCGGCCGCCCUGGAGCGCCCGGUCGAAACGCUGCCGCACACCGUCUUUCCCGGCGUGGACGGCACCGGAGCUUACCAUCUGCCGAAGCAGCCCUAUCCACCGCCGGCCCCGACCAGCCUGAACGAUGCCAACGAAGCGAUCACUAAUCAGCCGUACCGUACCACGCCACUCGUCCUGCCCGGUGCGAAAGUACCGAAGAAGGAUACGCUCCCGACAGAGUCGUACCUCAGACACCACCCGAACCCGGCCAUGCGCGCCCCACCAGCACACGACUACACAGACUCACUGAUGAAACAGAAGCUCGCUGAAACUGUGAUUCAUCGAGUGAUUGGCGAAGAGCCACCGACCGGUCCGAAGGUCGUUCACAAGCAGUUCAACUCGCCGAUCGGACUAUACUCGGACAACAACAUUGAAAACACGAUCAGACAGAGUGCUCCACAGCAGACGCAAACCGUCCCAUCGAACGGAUACACCAACAAUCGCCAACAUCGGCCAACGAAAAUUGAAGGCUACAAGAAGACCGUCGUGUUUGACCCGUGCAAGAGCGAAACCUACCGUGCGCUGCAGGAAGGAACUGGCGAAGGUCUGCAGGAGGUGCCGAACCCGAUACAGCCGAAAACCUUCGCCCCGAACCGUUUAGUGCCUGGAAAGAAGCCUAACGCCAAUCACCCUGCACCACAGCCAGAGUUCGCGUACCGGGUCAACUCGAUGGGCGAGCCGAACGAAAAGAUCCACCAGAGUGGAUCCUUCAAACGUUUGAUGCUGCACGUCAUGAGCGAAAUGGACUAAUGCGGCUCUCAUCGUGCAAAUGUGAGCGUCCAAAUCGGUUGGAGCGCUGAACAUGCACAUAAACAAACAAAAAAUGUUUUACUUCACAACCACACACACACACACAUAAACACAUCCUCUCAUAUUUAUUAGAUUGCUCUCAUCGAAGUGACAUUAAAAGCGCUUCAAAACGAACCCUUAUCGUGCAGCCCACGUCGUUUCCAUCCACACAAAACACACGGCGCUCUUGAUCGAGUAAAGAUCGAGCAUCGUAGUUUGAUGAGAAGCAAGACAAACAUAAACUUUUUUUUGUUUUGUUUUGUUUCUCUGUUAGAUCUUAAUCCUCACCCUUUCCCAUCCCCAUUGCCCCAAACUGUGAAACUGCGCGAAUGUUUUGUAAAUAAGCAGUGUUUCUCCAAUGCCCCAAUAUCACGCUUAGAAUUCGAAUUCUUUUUAUUUAUUUGUUCCCUCCAUCCUCAUCAGCCAUGGGGCUCGGUAUGGUCCUUCAAUGUUUUUCCCCUCACAAUAGCACCCCCCACCCGUCUAGUUGACCACCGCCCAGCGUGUGUUUGCUGUAAGCAAAUUUGCAUAUUUAAUUAUUUAUCUAUUUAUCAAACCGUACAGUUACGCGAUUUGUAUAUUCUACUGAACCUUUUAUAAAAGAUAAUCCCCGCAGGCUCACUGAACGUUUGAGCAGUAAAUUGCGAAACGAGUGUAUGUUCUAGUCAACGAUCGUUUAUGUGUUGCAGCAAGGCCCAUUCUACCGAAGGCGGAACGUUUCGGGUGGGCCGCCACGUAAUCGCUCACAAAAGCAGUAGCUACAUUUUUGGUUCUAUAUACAAUUUAUCAAAUAUAUUACUACCGUUCGCAAGGCACAAACUAAGAGUGUGGAGAAAAAGAAUUUUUCGAGUGUUUGAUAAACCCUAUGUUCGUAUGUUCAGAACACACAUCGACUGGGGGAGUGUACUAGCGUUGUUGUACGUUUGAUUUUGCUGUGCUGCAAUGUAUGAAACACAUUUGAAGGUACACAAACAUUGCAGUGGAUAGGAAAGUCCACACAUACAUACACGCACACAUUCACUCAAACACAUACUCAUGAGAGAGAGAAAGAGAAAAAAACAAGAGAAGAUAGUUUAGCACGGCUUUCAACGAGAUAUAUCUAUUUAUUACCAUUUAUGUACACAGUGAUAUCACAUAUCGAUGAACGAAAAUGCAGAAUAAAGAUGAAAUUAAUGCUAAAA